UUGACAGUUCGUAGUUCAUAGUGGCAACUUGAGGAUGUGUGCAGGAAUUUGUAUUUGAUUUAUAGGGGCAAUGUCGGUGUUAGUCAAAAUUUGUUGGACUCGACAUCAAUCGGACUAUAACGAAAGAAGUGUGCGACCGGGCCCAGAAUGUUCUCUGAGAGAGCUAAAACCUAACCUUGAACCAUUCUAGAUUGAAUUUUGCUGCCCGAACCAUCGAGAAUAGAAACUAAUUUCGUUUCGUAAAUAUCUCGAUAGCAGACGACGCUCCGAUCGACUUGACAGCACACUCCGUUUUCACGUGUCUACUUGCGCAUCUCAUUGCAUAACUGAGAAACUGAGGUCCGAGUUCCUGGGAGGAGCUCUCCUUUUUGGGGUUGAUCAGCUAGUUGAGAUCGUCGAAAACUCGGCGGAUCAGUUGAUUAGCGACAAGCUGUUUUGACACUAUAGCAAUUCGAGACCUUGUCGAGUUUUAUCAGUAUCCAAUUGGUGAUGAGAAAACAACCCCACCGUCCAAUCGGCGCGAAUCUUUGUUGGUUGAGGUUCCAUAAGAAACUUAGCAGUGGGCACCACAGCUGUUAGAAAAUAAACCGUGCUCAGACAGCGUUGGGUACGAUCAAAAUUUUGCCACAAUAACGUAACCCCUUUGGAACCCUUUGAAAAAAUAAAUUCCGUAUAAUGUCAUCAGGCUUGAAUUAUCUUGAGCCAGAACCUGCGGCCAUUAUACACCUAGACGUGCUAAAGACGUAAUUUUUCGACGGUAAAAAGUGACGUAAAUUCUCACGGGGCGGAGCGUUCAAGCUUCCAAUCCUAACCAACCCAAUCCAAUCAUUCGCCUUCAACAUCGUCCAGUGCACGUCGUCUGUAUCGUGUCAAUACAUUAUCAGGAAAUUGUGAAACUAGAAUUCCUUGGCUUUUUCCACCAAAUAGACGGAGGGUGAUGUUACAGCAAUGACCUUGCCACAAUAAGACAGAAUAGUGGCAUGAGUCGAUUAAUCUAUGGCAGAUCAACAAGAUCAGUCGUCGUCAGGGGGGUCUGUAGAGAAGGCCAGUGCUUCAGCAGACACCUCUAAGCAAGGUGUAAAAAGCUUUAGCGGUGCCAGCAGUGGAUAUAGAAAAAGACAGAGCAGCGGAGAGGCCCCAGCUAUAUCAGAAGAAAAACGACGUAGGCAAACGAUCGGUAAUCCUCAGGCCCCACAGCUAUCGCAAGACACAGUUCGAAGAUCCAUCGAUUCCUCCAGGAGCGAAGGCAGGACCAAAGCAGAACGCAGAAGCCACCAUGCUACUGGCUUAGGGCCACCAAUAGAUACGGAUUGGAGACAGCAGCCUAAGGCACAACAGUUGACUAGUGGGUCUCAGGGUAAUACGAGGGGUCGUAACUCAACCCGAUCUUCUCUGCCGGAGUUAAACUCAGCCCCACUAGACUGUGUCGCAUCACGAACACGUUCCAGAACUCCUCAGAGUUCUCAGAGUUCUUUUCACAGCAGCAAUAGCUGCGAUUUGCCACUUUUUGGCGGAUAUUCUACCAGAAAAGGAUCCAACGCUCACUCAAAUUCGUUACCGCCACAACACGGGACACCUGUUACUAGCCAUCCGUCAACUUCGAGAGGUAGAGGACAAAAAUCGCAAAGCUUGAGCAGUAGCUUUGUUGGUAGUACGAGUAGUCGGGUAUCGGGUGUCAAGUCCAGCAUCAGAGUGGGUAACGCAGCAAGUAACUCUGUGGAGAGCGGUGGAGGGGCGUUGGCACAUGAGGGGGCAGGAACGAGCGGCACACCGGCUGCAACAACUGCUAACCCGCCUACGUCCACCACCGCCCACUCCUCUCAAUCUCACCCUACGCACAAACAUUUGUUAAGAUCCCGUGUCAAGCUCUAUAGCGAUCAGACGAAGGAACCUGUACCAGCAAACAAAAUUCAAGGAAAACAUCACAAGAAGGAUUCUACCUCGGGCUCCUGCUCCAGCUCCAGACAUCGCUCUUCGUCACGAGCUAGGAAGCCGAUGGUGGAGGGGGGUACUGGAGGAGCAGGAGUUGUCAUGUCAGGCAAUGAAGCCGCAGCCAAUAGUUCAACUCCAACUUCAGUUACAUCCACUGUUCCUGGUAGUCAGUUGAGCUCUGUAACUGGCGAGGAAGAAUCUGCUUCAACAGCCACCUCAGCAAUAGCCAGUGGAGGUCCGUCUGGAAUGUCUGGAACAACAGGAGAUAGCGAAAGUGACGAUGGAGAAGUUGGACGACUUCAAGCUCUCCUUGAAGCUAGAGGACUACCUCCUCACGUCUUUGGUGCUCUUGGACCACGGAUGCAACAUCUUCUCAACAGAAGCAUGGGUGCCAGUUCAGCGGCAAAAGCCCAGCAGCUGUUGGCAGGCUUGCAGGCAGUUGACGAUGAAGGCGAGCAGCUGCAAGCAGUGAUAGGAAUGGGAGAAAUACUGGUAAUGGGAAAUGAGGAUACGCUGACAGGUUUUCCAGUCAAACAAGUGGUCGCAGCUUUGAUUAAUCUCCUUGGAAUGGAGCACAACUUUGUUAUUAUGACCCAUGCGUGUCGAGCUCUUACGUACAUGAUGGAAGCUUUGCCUCGUUCAUCGACUGUAGUUGUCGAUGCCGUCCCUGUCUUCCUACAAAAAUUGGAAUCCAUCGAGUGUAUGGACGUUGCUGAACAAUGCCUUACAGCUCUAGCUAUGUUAUCUCGUAGACACAGCAAAACAAUUUUACAUGCGGGAGGCGUUUCAGCAUGUCUAAAGUUCGUCGAUUUCUUCAAUAUUACUGCUCAACGAGCUGCUCUAACGAUAACUGCCAACUGUUGUCAAAACUUACACCCUGAUGAUUUCCAUCUAGUCACCGACAGUUUACCUCUUCUUACCAGCAGGCUGGCCAACCAAGACAAAAAAAGCGUUGAGUGCGUUUGCCAGGCCUUCAGUCGCCUCGUUGAUAGUUUUCAACAUGAUCCAACAAUGCUUCAUAAAAUUAUCAAUGCAGAACUUUUACAGAAUUUACAACAAUUGCUGAUGAUAACUCCGCCAGUCAACAGUAUUGGCAAUUUUAUAACCGUACUACGAAUGCUUUCUGUGAUAUCAAAUCGCUGUCCCGACUUGGCGCAGCUACUGCUCCAACAAAAUAUAGCCUUCACUCUCAGUUAUCUGCUUACUGGGUCUCUGGAGGUUAAGACUGAAGAUGUAGAGCUCGUACCAAGAUCUCCCCAAGAGUGGUACGAGAUAACUUGUCUCAUAGAGGAACUCAUGCCAUCGCUGCCCACCGAUGGCAUAUUUAGUGUAAAUAGCUUGCUCGAAAGGACCAACAAUCAACAGGAAACUGUACACUGGGAAUGGCGUGAUGAAAGACACUGUUGCCACCCUUUUAGCACCAUCGAUUCAAGAAUUAUUGAGAUGGCUUUUCAGAACGGCGAGGAUGAAAUAUGUUUAUCCACGUUGGGUCGUACAUACACGAUAGACUUGACUGUGAUGAAGCAGAUCAAUGAAGAUAUAGGAAUGGCCAGGAGUAUAUUUCGCAGGGUGAAUACAAAUCCUGCGGAGGGGAAGACUCCGAACUGUCUGUCAAGCAUGGACGUUGUACCUCCAGUAAUUGAGACCAACGAAUGGCUCGUUUCUUUCAUCCGAACGUUGUUCUCAGUUUUAUACGAAGUAUACAGUAGCUCUGCGGGGCCUGCUGUGAAGUGUAAAUGCCUGCGAGCUCUUCUUCGCAUGGUUUAUUACGCCUCUACCGACUUACUCAAGGAGGUGCUAAAAAAUCAAGUAGUGUCAUCUCACAUAGCGGGAAUGUUGGCCUCGCAGGAUUUGAGGAUCGUAAUCGGAGCUCUACAGAUGGCAAGCAUUCUUAUGAAAAGACUACCGCAAGUAUUUGGGGUGCAUUUUCAUCGUGAAGGAGUAUUGCAUCAAGUGCGACAGCUCGCUGAUCCGGAAAUACCGCUGGGCGUAUCACCUCCUAAGUGCCCUUCGGGACUAUCUCUGCCAAGUCCACAACCUGGACCCUCAAACACUCCACUUUCUUCCGCUACGACACUUUCAUCAAGCAGUGCAACGUCACCCAUUGCAUCACCAACCACAAACGGAAAUAUAUUAAUUGGCGCAAUCGCUACUAGCCAAUUAAAACCAAGUCUUACUGCCACUAUGGAAACUCGAAGUAGAACUGAUUUAAAUGCUAGUGCCGAUGAUUCAAGUACACCUCAAAGUGCUCAUUUAAGGAUAGGGGAUGUACUAAAGCGCAAGCGGCAAAAUAAGAAGGGUCGAUUUUCGAGGCUGGGUAGUGCGAUUCCUCAGCAGGCUCAGCAACCGGAGUCAUUGUUCACUGGAUUCACACCGAAGAAUAGUAGAUUCUUGGGAAAUUUAAACCCAGCUAGGUGGGGUCGAAAAUCUUCUUCGUCGAGCACAGCCAGUGACAAACGUGAUUCUAGUUCUUCCACGAGUCUAGCCAAACCACCCAGCAAUCCCAGCUUGACUGGAGGAAAUCGGGACAAAGCCAAGGCUUGGGUUAGAGAACAAGCCUCGCAAUUCUUAGCUAGAUAUCAAGACGACGCUCCUUGUACCCAUCCAGCACUUACUGUCCUUGCCAGGCUGACUGCAGCGAUACAACGACUUCAGUCAAACGAAAUGGAUGAAAUGCUAUCUGCCUUGACGGAGCUGCGUGAUAUAGUAUUAGAAAGUGAUAUUUCCCCAUUUGAGAUGAAUUACAGCGGAUUAAUUAAAGCCCUGCUCAACUACCUCACAACCACUGACGCUCCUGGACAUCGAUACGAUCGGUUACGGAUGUUUUGGAAACUCUUUGCUGAUUCUACUAUCGAACAAGACAAUGGAGUCUUGGUAGACUUGAAUGCUGGAGCGUUUGGUGCGCUGGUUGCUAAGCUAAAUAGCUGUGUUGCUCAACUGGAACAAUUUCCUGUAAAAGUACACGAUUUACCAGCUGGUUCUGGAGCUGGCCGAGGAGGGACUAGUGCAUUAAAGUUCUUCAACACUCACCAGCUCAAGUGCAAUCUUCAACGGCACCCAGGCUGCAAUAAUCUCAAACAUUGGAAAGGAGGUACCGUGAAAAUAGAUCCCUUAGCUCUGGUUCAGGCUAUCGAGCGCUACUUAAUGGUGAGAGGAUACGGAAGGAUAAGAGACGCGGAAUCUAUGGUCAGUGACGAUGACAAUAGUGAAGAUGAUAUAGAUGACACUCUUGCCGCUGUAGUUAUAAGCCAGGGGUCAGCCAAGCAUAAACUACAAUUUCUCAUCGGGGAUCAAGUGCUGCCAUUCAAUAUGACCGUCUAUCAAGCCGUACGGCAAUUCGGUUGCUCGGGAUUAGAUCACUCUGAAGCUGAGGCUGAUGGGGAGGCUCCGCUGGGUCACGAUGCUGUCUGGGUACAGACGCAUACGAUUUACUACAGACCUGUCCCAGAGGAUGAAACAACGAUAUCCUCAAAACCCGGGUCGAGUUCCCAAAGUAGUGGUAGCCGCAAGGGAAAAGGAAAAAGCACAAAAAUAAGCUCUAAGAGAAAGGAAGACAAUUUAUGGCUCGAAGGAACCAUCCCACCUCCACGAUGCCCUCUGGCGCCAUAUCUAGCUCCGACUCUACCGCUCUCUGUAACAAUCACUGAUGCCUCGUUGGACGGGCUUUGUUUGUUGCGCCUAUUGCAUGCUCUAAAUCGACAUUGGGGUGUAUUGUUUCCUCAUCUCAAAAGCGUCAGUCCACUAUCUGCCCAAGAUUUUGUUAAUAACAAAAUCGCUGCUAAAGCUAGCAGACAACUCCAAGAUCCGCUCGUUAUCAUGACUGGGAAUCUUCCUUCGUGGCUUCAACAGAUAGCCGCAGUUUGCCCAUUCCUGUUCCCAUUUGAAACGAGGCAGUUAUUGCUCUAUGCAACGUCUUUUGAUCGGGACCGAGCGCUGCAGCGACUUCUCGAUUCCGCUCCUGAACUAUCGGGUUCGGACAGUCAGGAAAGGGUAACGCCACGUUUAGAGAGAAGAAAAAGAACCAUAUCGAGGACAGACAUUCUCAAACAAGCUGAACAAGUCAUUCAGGAUUUGGCAUCAAGUAAAGCGCUUCUCGAAGUGCAGUACGUUAAUGAGGUUGGUACCGGCUUAGGCCCUACGUUAGAGUUCUACGCGUUAGUUUCACGAGAACUGCAGCGUGCGGAUCUGGAAUUGUGGCACGGUAGCUCGUCACCCACUCCAGGUGGAUAUGUCAAUAGCCCACAUGGUCUUUUCCCAACGCCUAUACCAUGGAAUACAAAGGUUUCACAAUUGGCCAAGUUAAAAACAAAGUUUAAAUUUCUCGGAAAAUUCAUGGCUAAGGCUAUCUAUGAUUCAAGAAUGUUGGAUUUACCGUUCAGCUUAACGUUCUACCGCUGGUUAUUGGGAGAGGAGCUCACGUUGACACUAAAUGAUUGUUACUACGUGUGUCCCGAUGUCUAUCGUACAUUGAGUAAACUUCAAGACAUUGUGAGGCGAAAGGAGGCUAUCGAAAGGGACCAAACUCUGAGGCCUACCGAAAAGAAUCAGUUGAUAGAGUCCCUUUCCUUAGAUGGUUGUCCCAUAAGCGAUCUGGGUCUCGUCUUUGAACUUCCAGGUUACGAAAAUAUUGAACUCAGAAAAGGCGGGAGUGAGGUCGCUGUCGACAUACAUAAUCUAGAUCAAUAUAUCAAGUUGGUGGUUCACUGGUUCCUCUACGAAGGCGUAUUUAGGCAAAUGGAGGCCUUUAAAGAAGGGUUUGAGUCAGUAUUUCCUCCUGCCCAACUGCGUCUGUUUUUCCCCGAGGAGUUGGAGCCGAUAUUUUGCGGUCACGCUCAGACAGGUAGUCGUUGGGAUGUAAAAACUUUGCUGGAAUGCUGCAGGACAGAUCAUGGCUAUACCCCCGACUCUCGUGCAAUUCGGUUUCUCUUCGAGGUCAUGUCUGAAUAUAAAAGCGAAGAGCAGCGUCAGUUCAUUCAGUUUGUUACCGGCUCUCCCAGGUUACCCGUCGGAGGAUUUAAGAGUCUCACACCGCCACUAACGAUAGUGCGCAAGACAUUCGACCCACUGAUGAAGACUGACGAUUUCCUUCCUUCGGUAAUGACGUGUGUAAAUUAUCUAAAAUUACCAGAUUACACAACGCUAGAAAUAAUGCGUGAAAAAUUGCGAAUGGCUGCACAAGAGGGUCAGCACUCGUUCCAUCUUUCCUAGGAACUUCUGAUACCUAAAUGGAUUUAUCUGACAGACCCGAUUGUCGAUCGACCGAUUCGAAAAACGUCACUAUUACAAAACUUGGACCCGUAACGCUUAUACCAACGAAGCAAUGAUACGUUUCACACUUUAUACUUAUAAAUAUGGUUUUUGAAUAGAUAUUAUUUAGUUUCAUUCUCUCAACGAUUUCAUUCAAAAUAAAUUCCAGUUUGGUUGUUGAUUAUUAAUAUUAUUAUUAUUAUUGUUAUUAUUAUUAUCAUUACUAUUAUUAUUAUCACCAUCAUUUUUUACGUCUAUAGCCAUUUGAUUCGUUGUAUAUUUUACGGGAUAUAAGGUGAUCAGCAUCAGAGUGAGGCUGACUUGAGGCUACUUUUGAUGAAAAGGUUACGUUCCACCCAUGCCACCGAUCAGUAAAAGUCCGAACUUUUGUAUUCGGUGUGUUACAAUAAUAACGGAUAACGAAAAUGUAAAUAUAACCAUUAUCUCGAUAUAGUUUGUUAUAUGCAAUUCUACAUUAAGUGAAUACUUGACAGAAUUAUUAUGAUAUCGCUACGAACGUUUAAACCAAAAUUAUUCUGCGCGCCAAUCAGUUUAAGCCACAGCUGAAUUCCAAUUUUAUCAAUUCUUGAUCUCAUGUUCUCUCUGCGAUUGACAGAGUAAUGCAAUCGAUAAUCCGAUACAUAUACUCGGAUUAAAAAUAACGUUGCUCGAUCAGAUUGGCGUGUCAGAUUGAUCUCGGUUACACGAAUAUACAAAAGACGGGAGAAAUAUGUGUAGGUGAUAAAGACGGAGUUAUUAGUAUUAGGUAAAGUUUUAUAUUAACGAUAAAUUUAAUGCCGUCACGGCUUGAUAUUCUAUCCUUCAAACCUUUUUUUUCCUACUCAAUUAUUCGGACUAAUUUGUGUUCUCUUUUUGAUUAGCACCAGAUAAAUAAUGGGUACCUGUAUAUCCAUAUUUAGCUGGCUGAAAUCUUUACGAACAGUAACGCCGGCUUCACACAAUACAUAUUUGAAUUAAAUAAUAUCUGACACAAAAAUGAUAAAUCCAUUAACGAGUCAUUAAAAUCAAACUUGGAACGUACGGCGUGUCUCUUGUUUGUGUUAUUAUCAAUCGAUCUCUUGUGUCCGCUGUAUGGAUAAUUGAUUUGUACAGGCGCUUUGACCGAAUUACGCCUAAAUUGUUGUGCGACACACAAACCCAUCAUAUUAACAUAUUUAAUUUUAAUUCAUAUAUUGUUAAUUAAUAUUAUUAUUAUUAUUAUUCGAUUUUUGUUUUCUAUCAUAAGUAAGAUAGUCUGAUUAUAUUACUUAGUUAUGUAAGACUAUAUAGCCAACAUCAUCAGACCGUUUUUCGCUGCGUCGAUGUAUUACUGUGAUUCACGUUAAUAAAAAGGAUAUCGUGCA